AUGCUCGACACAUGUCUUCAAUUCUCUAUUGCCUAUUCCAGAUUCCCCAAAUUUGUCGCCACGGUAUAUUUAAAUUUUUUUUAGAAUACUUAUUUAAGCUUAUGCGAUUUUAAAAAAAAUCUUUUGAACUUUCAAUGGUCCUAGUAAGCAAUUAUUCUCCAGAACAGCGGACAGGGUCGACAUUUGUCAGUCACCGUGACGGCUUCCAACCAAGAGGACCAAGAAAAGGUAUUCUUUAUUGACUGAUUACUUGCCCGAAGAAAUUCAAUAGAUUGAAUUAAUUUACUUGUUUUAUGCAGAUUUUUAAAAGUAUUUUUGCUAUGACUCUGAGCCUUCAAAUGUUACUGAAUAUAGUCUCAUGACUUAACCGAACUAUCUAUAUGAACCUGAGGUCUUUCUUUAUUUUCUCAAACAAUGAGAAAUUCAGAAGACGAUGGAGUCGUUCUUGGUGCCGACGUACGUGCUGCACGACUUCGAGGAUGGCGAAGAAAGUAAGCCGAUUCGGAUGAUUCUCGACCUCUUCAACGUCCCCUACGAAUUCAAAAGCGUCGAUCGGGACGACUUUAUUCUUGAAGGUAAGUUUUGGAAGUAGUUUCCAGAGAAAAACUUUCAAAGAACUAGGAAAGAAAAGAGACCUGUCAGAUCUCCUCUUGUUCGUGUCACUCUGUCAAAAAUCAUCAUCUCACUACUCAAAUUUCAAAUAACUUUUUGGAUCUCCGGUCCUUCAAGUAGGAAGUUUAAUUAUUAGAAAAAAUAUAGAUUUUCCCCCUCUUUUUAGCGAUUUUUGUGAUGGGAGCUAAAAAGCGGAAAAAAAUUUUGCUCAAUCGUAUUUCAGUAUCAUUAACUUAGGCAGCAGCUCAUUUGAUCAACCACCAAAAAAGUAAAAGAUAGUAUCAGACUACCCCUACUACGCUCUUCCGAUGCUCGAAAUGAACAACCGCAAGCUGGGAAGCGUCCCUUCGAUGUGCCGACAUCUCGCCUGGAGAUACAGUUUUCCUUUUCAAGAUUUUCAAAGGAUAAUAAGAGAAUCUUCAAGAUUUGUCCGGGAAGACAGCGGAAGAAGACGCGCAAGUGGACAUGCUGGCCGAAAAAGUUUUCGAGGCGAGGCUCAAAGUCAAAAAUUGGCUAGACCACAUUGAGCACGCCGCCGAACACGCUUGCGACGUUCGUUUUCGUUUUCAGUGUUAAUACUGAAGUAUUACUCAAUAUAGGUUAGAUCACUCAAGAACUAGACCGUAUAUUUAUAUGUAGUACUUGGUUGGUUAGAUCAUUCUUCUUACAAAUGUCCUAUUUUUCAAGUAAAACUUUUUUUUAAAUAAUUUUUGCUUGAAUUUUUUAAUACAUUUCAAUUUCAGGAAUCUUGCUCAACAACGUCGGCAAUAGACUAUCUUCGCGCCGAAGUCUUCCCUCUCCUCGAAGCACGUCUGCGUCGCGAGGACAAUACACCAUGGCUUGUCGGCCACGCGGUGAGUGUUGCACGCGUAGCGCCAUUGGCAAGCGUGCCGAUCGCCGCUCGGAGGGUGCGUGGUUCGGUUCCACUCUCGAGCUAUGACGAAUGCAUGAAUUUGCUUCUGACACCUCUUAUGUUAGCGGCCAAUUUCCGGGUCGCAAUGAUUCGUCCACAGUUUUCUGAGCUCAUUUUUCAAUUUUUUCUAAAUUUUAUUUCCAAAAAGGUUUCUAGAUGACCUGGGCAGAUCUGCUGUUGGCGUGCCUCGUGAAUCCCAUCCAGUACCACCAGCCGAAGUCUCUCGACGGCUUUCCCAACGUCUUCCUCCACAAUCAACAUGUCGCUCACAAUGAGCAGCUUUCCGGGUUCCUUUAUCAUGUCCGCAAACGUGACUUCGAAUAA